AUGAUUGCCACUCAUCUUCAGACCGUCGCCGUCUAUUGCCGUACCCCGCGUGCCACUUUCCCUCGUACGAGCAACCCCAGGAUCUCACAUCUGCCACCCCAUCUCUUCCCCGGACGGGACCUAAGCCAUGACGAAAGCUACUGGAGUCAGACAAUACCGAGCAUGCGUGAGAUGCCGCGCUCGGAAGACGCGGUGCGACUUGUGGGUCACUUUCCUUGCAGCAGUUACAGCGCGUUCUGUUUGAGCCAUCUCGAGAAGGGCAUCAUUCCUUAG